GAGCACCCCUUUUCUUGGUAGUAUAGUUUGAAUUUGCUCUUCCUAGAACGGGAAAUAGAUUGAAAAGGAUGUGGGUUUUUGAAAUUGAAUUUCUUGAAGUUUGAUUAUUCUUUUUGUCUCUUAAGCUUAUGUUUUCUGUACUUCAUAAGAGCAAUGCCAUGCAAGGGCUCUUCAGUACAGUGUGGUGGUGCCAGUUUUUUUAAAUCCGCUACUCCAAGCUCUGUUCCCCAUCUUUGCUGUCCUCUCUUGAGGAUUCUCAUCAUUUAUAUUCAGCAUUCCUUCUUCUCCUCCAUCCACCUACUUACACCCAAACCUUGACAUCUCUGCCCUGGGAUCCACUCCCCAAAACAACUGUGUGUUACUAGGCUGACAGCAUGUCGGUGGUACCAUGCUUGUUCAUAAAUAUAAACACGGCUCAUCAGCCAUUACAUUCUUCCUGUGAGAUGCUUAUCCUCAAGUUAAAGUGGCAUGUCUAGCUUACACGCAGCAACAAUACAAAUGUUAAGACUUACCCACAGAAGACCUUUCAGUAUUGGCAGUGUAGUAAGGUCCCACACUCUCUACAUUUUUCAUAUCUUAUUCCUGCAUGGAUGCACUGUAAACUAGCACAAAACUAAUUGCCACUGUUUGGUGUUUUCCAAAGGCAGAGGGACCGUUGACCUUCCUGAAUGUAUUGUUUAGAUUUGUCUCAAUAAAUUUAAACUGCAAGCAGGGAGGAGACAGCACUUUAUCCAUUGGGUUGUUUCAUUACUUAACAGGGCACAUGUGUUUAGUUCCCUAUAUUUCUGGUGAGGGCUUAAGCUGAUGCCAAUGAGUCUUCUUAAAACGGACUAUAGGCAACAGAGUCUGGAUGAUUUUAAGAUCUGUAGCAGCAGAGCAAAUAGAUUACAGUGGGAAUACUAGACAAAUAUAGAAAAAAAGAAGAAUGUUGUUUUGAACAAGGUAAAGAUGGAGAAUUGACUGUACCUCCUUGCCACGCAGAUGCUGUGCCAAGGACAAGCCCAGAGACCUGGUAUCAGGAACUUGCAGCACAGCAACACAUUUAAGCUUGAUGUCUCACAGACUGCUUAAAUAAACUAGUGUGGCUGCACAGCGCUGCAUUUUACGUGAAAGAGUGAGGCAUAUCUUUAUGCAGAUCAGGCUGUGAUAAGGUGGUUACUGAUCAGCUCAUUUCAAAACAGUGUGCUGAGCAAAAUGGAGAGUUCGCUUUGUUUUCUGAAAAUUAGAGGUUUGAAGUCUAUAUAAAAUUGGUUCUGAUUUUGAAACCACCUUGGCAGUUAUCAGUUUCCAAAUUACUCUUUGAAGAGUGGUGUGCACAGCUGCUAUAUAAAGAAGCAGGCUUUCUCGGUACACGGCAUCUUUGAAAAUCAGUUUUUCAAAGAUGUUUUUCAAAUUCCCCCAAGUUCUCCUUCGCUAACACUUGAGCCAGGUCAUUGCGGUGUUUGGGUUUAAUUUGCUGGCAUUAACAACACAGCAUUAGGGGACAUCAGAAGGAAUCUUACUGUUCAGAAAGGAUCUGGGGCCUGCUGAAACCAUUCCAGUUUCCCUGGCUGGGUUUAGUGCAUGUUAACCAGCUGAAGAACUUCAGCCCUUACUACACAGGUUUACCUAUAGAUUUCAGAAUACCAUGACCCCUACCUAUUCUACAGGGUUGCAGAAAAAAAUAUUUGCUUGCUUUCUUCCUUAUUCUAGUAUAUUUGUUUUUCUUAAUCCUCUGCCACAUACGCAAGGAAAGUAAAUCUAAUUAUUAAGUAAUCUCACAUGCUGGAAUACGUUUUAGAUUUCUUAUCAGCUUCCAUUGUGCAAGUAUAAUCUGACUCAUGGGAGAAGAACUGUUAUCAAACGUAUGUUUCUUUGGAAGUUUUGGUACAAGAUAAUAAUUUAUAAAGUUUUUCUACAUCUUAAGCCAUUAUAAGUCAUGUUUUGCUCAUGCUACGCAUGCCUGAAUGGACAGAAAUAGUGUGUAGCUGGUGGGGCUUUACUGAUUUCCCUGAUUAAUCUUGCAAUUCUUUAUUUAAUUUUUCUAUUAAGUGUAAACUAUAUUAGGUGGAAGGAAUAAUAUAAAUCUGCAAAGAUUUACCAUGCUGCUCAUGUAUCAAAGUUGUAUGUAUAUGUGGGGAGGAUGUGCAGGGGCAGGGAUGCCACAGAAGAGCAUUAACCAUUACAGCUGCUGCAGAGUUACCUGGAAACUGGAUUUGUGUGAGACUGUUGUAGUUUCGGCUGGUGGGAUUAGAGGUUCUGUAAAAUGACUAACCUCCGUUUGAAGAUUUGCUGCAUAUCAGAGGGAGAACAAACCAAGCCGAGCACUUUUAACUGCAAGGAAAAGCUCACAGUUGUGAAUGGAAGUGGAUUUAAGUGACUAAGUUACUUCUAAAAGGAAUCACAGAAACAUCGAGUACACACAGCUAGAAAAUGGUGUUAAGCUGGCCUGAGCAAUCAUGUUGUCUUACUCGUCCUACAUGCUCACAGCAGUAGCUGCUUUGCUAGUGACUUGUGAUGCACAGCAUAAAGGUCCAGGGAUUCCCGGGCUGCCUAGAAAACAUGGCCUGAAAGGACAGACAUAUCUGCCAAGUUCCCAAAAUAUGCAUCAAUUGGAAAGAAAAUUAUGCAUCCCUUUUCCAGGGGAUCCUAUGAGACCUGGAACCCUGAUGGGACCUCCUAGAAGAGGCAAUCGUCCUUGGACACAAGCUCUACCUGAACUCUACAAUGCUUUGGCAAUAUUGAAGCACCGACUUUCCCAACUUGAAGGCGUGCUUGCUUUGAAUGGGAAAAUAAGAGAAGCAGGAGAGAAAAUAAUUGCCAGCAAUGGGAAGGUAGUUGGUUUUACAUCUGCACUGGAAUCCUGUGAAAAGGCUGGAGGAACUCUUGCAAGACCCACAAACACGGAGGAGAAUGAAGCUAUUUUGAGUUUUGUGCAACAGUAUAACAAAUAUGCUUACUUGGGCAUUAAAGAGCAUGAGAAUUCAGGUCAAUUUAGGCAUAUAUAUGGCACACCUCUAAAUUACACCAACUGGCACAGAAACGAGCCUAAUGGCAAAGGGACAGAAAAAUGUGUAGAGAUGUACAGUGAUGGGAGCUGGAAUGACAAAAAUUGCAACCAGCAUCGCCUCAUAAUCUGUGAAUUUUAAAGACUGGCCCUUCAGCCACCUCAGAGUACCGAGACAAUGAAAUUGCCUGUGGCUCAGGUUUAUGCAAUUUUUGCAGUUAUUCAAUGUCAGAAAAUCUAAAAUGAAUCAUCUUACGGUAUUUUUUAUCCUUAAGAAAAUGCCAAAUGUGGUAGCUGAUUAACUUUAAUUAAAGUGUGCCUAGUCUGA